AUGGCCGAAUUGAAGGAAUUCGACAAGCUCUUGACAGCUACCAUAACCGCCCCUCGUCUAUCCGGAUCGAAAGUACAGAAACUCGCUUCACAAGCUAUCGAACUGGUCGCAGAGGAUUAUCAGCUAGUCACGACUUUCUUCAAAUUGAACGCUUCUUUACCUCCCGCAAGUCAAUCGAGAAUAUCCAGUCUGUACGUCUUUGACGCGAUUGCCCGAGCAGCCAAGAGCGAUGUGAAUAAAGGUAUAGGUACUCAGGUGAACAAAGAGAGGGGCAAAGGGACGCAGGCGGGGCUGUUGUUGAAAUUGGAGGGGGUGGUGGAUAGUUGGAUUGAAGGGUUGUUGGACGAUGGGAAAGGCGGUUUAUGGAUCGAAGGAAAGGAAAAGACAAAAAAGAUAGUCGAUAUCUGGUCAAAGGCCGGUACCUUCCCUCAACAUUGUCUCGAGCGAUUAACGAAGAAGAUCGCAAGUGCGGGUGGUGCUCAAGCUGGACCUUCCACCAAGUUGAAGGAUGUAGGAAGAUCAGGAUCGAGUGGGAGCGGACCGGGAAGUGUCGGUAAAGGUUCAACGACUCCUCCAUACCCUGCUCCAGCUCCCUCCGCUGCUCCCACCCAACCAGGUAGUCUACCACCUGAAGUCGCCAAGUUACUCGGAAUCGCAGCGUCACCUGCGCCUGUACUCAGUCCAACGAACAACGGUGCGACACUCCCUAAUCCAAAUGGCAUCUCAACCCCGACUCCGGCACCUCCUAUCAUACCGAAUCUCGACCUAGCAGCGAUCCUAGCAAGCGUCAACAAGCCUCAACCAUCUCCUAGCCUCCCUGGCCAACCUCAGCCCCAGACAGUGGCUUCGCCUCCAAUCAACAUCCCAAAUUUAGCCAAUCUAGCUGCACUUUUACCUCAACCUCAAGCUCAAAAUAAACCUCCACCACCAUCACAUCCAGUGGCAUCUGAUCAAGCUGGUCCGUCAAAUAUUGGUGCAGGUACAGGUCAUAAGCCCAUAUUGAACGCUGCUCAGAAUGCUGCCUUGGCAAAAUUCGCAGCUCUUGCUCAAGCUGGUCCACCACCCCCACAGACACAGCAGGCUGGACCAUCUCAUCCUCCUUCUGGAGGUCCACCUGGGGGAUACAGGAGAUCACCCCAGAAAGGAUAUUCCGACUUACCCCUGCCUCCUGCUCCUAUGAGAGCUGAACCUAUGCGUGGGCCCUCAUCAAACGUAGAAAAUAGGUUUCAAAAUAAAGAUCAAGGGAAUGGACCUGGACAUGGGAGAAGAGAAUCGCAAGAUUAUAAACAUAAUGGUGGUAGUGGCAAUUGGGGCAGAAGAGGUAGUUAUGAGAAUGGACCUGGAUCUGGGCCUGGUUCAGGCCAAAUGGGCGGAAAGUGGAAUCGAGAGAGAUCAAGAUCUAGAUCACCUCAUAGGGAAAGGAGAUUUGAAGGUAGAUCGAGUGAUAGUGGAUGGGGUAAUCGAGCUGGUAGAGGUGGAUUUCAUGGUCAAGGUAACAAUCGAGAGCAUGAUCAGUACAACAAUCCACCCAACGGAAUGAUAUCUAAUCAUGGAUCAGGACCGCAACCUUCAAUCUUACUGGGAAAUGGCCUACCACCUCGUCCGAAAACGAAUCCUGGACAAGGACAAGGACAACCGACAGGGAAUGGUCGGGCGCCUCCUCCAGCAUGGAUGGAGGAGCCGAGCCAAGAAGGUGGUGAAGAAGAUAUGACGCUGGAUGAUGGAUCGGAUGAUGGUAUACUCCAGCCUUCGAUCCAGCGUCAAAAUCAACAAGAUUACAAUAAUAAUAACCAUAAUGAUAAUGCUUCUCAACAACCGAACACGAAUACGAUGAUGACAUUAGAUACAUUCCCAAUAAACACUUUCAACCCCUCUUCACCCGACUCAUGGUCUAACUUGGCUCAAGCAUGGAAGAAUUCAAUGGGUAGGGAUCCAAAUCAAUUGGAAUUGAUGGCUUUCCUUUCGGGUGGUAUGGGAAUGGGCAUGGGUAUGAGUAUGGGAGGUGGAAAUGGGAAUGUGAAUGAACACAUGUAA